AUCAAUCAACUGCACGCGGGCCGACCAAGACUCGUCAGCCAUCCCGUCGUCCUGCAACCAUCACCACGCCUUUUUCUUCAUUGCCGCCCCUCACCACGCUUAAACGACAUCAGGAAUUGGCUGUUUACCAUGAGGCUCGUCGCCGGCCUAACAGCGGCCGCUCUCUCCGGCCUCGCUGCCGCUGCAGGUCAGCAGCAGGAUGCAGAGGUCUACAUGCUCCAGUCGUCAUGGCAGGCCUCCUCUGAGACACCGAGUAUCCCCAAAGAAGUCGCCCGUCAUAUCUUUCUUCAAAGGACAUCGAGGCAACGAUACGGUAGCGACCUGCGCGACAUCCCCAGCUCCAUCGACACCGAAGUCGCGGUUGAUCAGCUUGCGAGAUUCGGCAAGAACCCAACACCGCUGUUUACUCACGCCGACAAGACCGAUGCCUCUCAACUUGUCGUCAUUAUCGAAGGUGCUGCGGCUGAACAGUCUAACCGGCUGAAAGAGAAACUGGGGCAGAAAGCCGCGUUCACCAUCUCCGAUCCUCCUUCGUCCACCGCCAAUAACCAUUUGAUGGCGCUCUUCCGGAAUAUGGGGGUUGCGUCGUCGCAUCAAUGCGACAUAUCCGCGAUGGUCAAUCCGUUUGAUACGGAUUGCUGGACCGGCCCGUCUUCAGUCGUCAAGUACGACCUGCGAGCUUCCCCCAAGACGGUCGACUCCCUGCUCGAUAACUUCUCUCGGCUAGACAAGUUCGUGGCCGACGGCGACCUCGACGUCAUGCUGGUCGUCCUACCCGAAUCUAGCCGCUCGUCCAAGCUCAGCCACUGGAGCGCCGCCGCCGCAGGAACGGGCUCCGACCUCCGCCGCCGGCGCGACGCCGAGAUGGUCAUCUCCGACCAAGACAACACACAAGCCAAGACGACCUCCGCCCCCACCAACGCGCCCGCGGCGGCCCCCGGCGGCGACGGCGGGUCCGCGGCCCGCCGCACCAAGCCCGUCCCGCAGUGCUUCCGAUCGCUCGAUAGCUGCAUGACCGGGACCGACUCGUGCUCGGGCCACGGCGAGUGCGUCGACAAGUACGGCCGCGGCAACAGCUCCGGCUCGGAGGCGGCGGCGAGCUGCUUCGCGUGCGUGUGCAAGGCCUCGGUCGUCGAGCGCGAGGGCGCGCCCACCAAGGGCCGCAAGACGGUGCAGUGGGGCGGCAGCAUGUGCCAGAAGGAGGACAUCAGCGUGCAGUUUUGGAUGAUUGCCGGCUUCUCUAUCGUUAUCGUCGGCGCUGUGUCGUUCGCCAUCAGCUUGUUGUUUGGCGUCGGCGAGGAGACGCUGCCUGGUGUCAUUGGUGCUGGCGUAAGCAGGUCCAAGUAAGCAGUCGGCGGGCUGAGAGGGCGGGGAGGGGAUACUGUGCUGUCUUUUGUGUUGUCACUGGGUUCGCGGUUUUUGGAGAUAGCCCUCGUGGAGGGUCGUGUGUGCUCGCUGGGAGCUUUCGGAGUGUACCAUAGUCAUCGGCGUCGGCAUAACAGAUACGGGUUGAAUUCAUCGUUCUAGACAGUCAAGAUCACAAUGUACUCGGAUAUGGCCAG